AUGCUUCGCUUCGCCGGUGGUCGCACUAUGAGAAGGUACUCUACAAGGCAUGCACUCGAGCAUUUGAAAGAGGGCGCUCCCCUGAAAGGGCUGUUCUCUGUUGAUGGAUUACAGAAGGUCUGGUUUGAUAGGGUGAAGCACCUCGACAUGAAGUUGAACAACAGUACGGACGAGGCGCAACAAAAACCCUUGGAAUCCCUCAUGCAAGAGAACUCGAAAUCAGCUUCCAAGAAACACAUCGUAAACUACGCAUCGUCAUUAUACAACUUGAGAUUCAGCAUGUCCUCACUGCAAGGAUGCGCCAGACCCCCCCCAGAGGAAUGCCCCAGGAUGGGUCCAGAAGCGUUACUUCAAACCCCAGACUUUAAUAGAGCGAUUAGCAACGAGCCAUUGACUACCGGGAACGAACGCUUGCAAGAGGCCCUUGUCUCCUCAUUUGGUUCUCUAAUGGAGUUCAGAGCACUACUACUGAACUCGAAUCUGGCCAUAUCAGGAGACGGGUUUACAUGGUUAGUCGCAAGACGACAACUUGAUAAACGCACCAACCACAACGAUAUGUCGAAUGGGGACAUUGAAUAUGAUAAACUAUUUAUUCUGAACACUUAUAAUGCCGGGACCCCCUUUAACGUUUCUACUUCUGGCAUAAUGAAUGAACUCAACAACCAAUACACGAACUUAGAAAAACAUCGAGCCAAAGAGGAGGGGAAACUUAAUGAUGCUGAAGCGGCGUCUAAACACGCCAAGACCAAGUUCAUUUAUGAAACUCAGCAGAAAGGAUUUUCUGGAAAAGAGGUUUCAUACAUCCCGUUAUUAGCCAUUGAUGCGUCGCCUAAGGCGUGGUUGCCUGAUUAUGGUGUAUUCGGUAAACGGGAAUAUCUUGAAAGGGUAUGGGACUCUUUAGAAUGGAGAAUUGUAGAAUCAAGGUUACCUCAACGUACUAAAAUCCAAGCAUUCAGCACUUUAUGA